CAUCAGAUUCACGCAGAGAGUGAGCAGUCAACCAACAUGACGCGCAUCUUCCUCCUCUUUACAUGGCCCAACCAACUCAACUCCUUCAUCUUCACCCAUUACUUAUUAACCACAAACCAAUUUCAUAUAAGUAUCUCGUGUGAGUGAGUACGUAAUGGGAAUCUUGGGAAUCGGUCAGUCUUGACCUCUCGAGUGAAGCUUCCACUUCCAUCAAAUAAAAUUCACUGUUCUGUGUAAAAUUUCACAAAAAGUUGUAAAUUCUAAUUCUUUCAGCUAAAUCAAAAUGAUUCUGAAAUUGAGGCAUGAGUUCCGCUGGUGCCGUGUAAAUUGUGAAAUUGUGAGACAUCGGUGCCGUUAGAAGAUAUAAUUUUUAAAAUCAUGUGACACUAAUUACGGGGUUCAAAAUGGGAACGAAAUUUACACGUUGGACAUCAUUGCUGAGGGGAUGUGGCUUAUGGUACGGGAUAAUUGUGACUUUUGUGCUCCCUGGAUCCACAAACACUCGUGAUACCGUUGCGUCCCAAAAAUGGAGCGUGCCACCGCCCAGCUUUAGUUUCUCAUCCGUCUCGGGGUCUCAAGUGAACCUAUUUGGUCGUCGUUCUCAGCAGUGGAAUAACGAUUUCCCCCCUCAAAUCAGCCCUCCUCCUGACUCACUUUUCCCCCCGAACGAGACCUGUGCCCUGGAGAGGGACUGGUUGUGGGGGGAGAUGGGGGUCUGGGAUCCGCCCUGGAGUCAAAAUAAACCUGCCAAAAAAUUCGCAAAGAAAUUCGACCUUAUGCCGACGCCAUUUCAACGGGACGAGUCUUCCUACAACCCCUACGCAAUUUUAAUGGGGGACGAGUUCAACAGUUUGAUGAACAUGACGAGGAAUGGGGUGACGAUGCUGAGAAGUGGACAAGAUGGACCACGUGACAACGACCACGAGGAGGGUGACGAGCUGGAGGAGGAUUCUCUGGGAAAGCUGGAAACCACCUUGUCACGUGUCAAACUCAUUCCAGAUGGGCACCACGUGUCCGGAUUUCUUAACAAAGGUGUCGUCAAGCGAUUUCUCUUCGUAAACGACAAAUCGGGUAAUCCUUUCUCCAUCACGAUUACACCCUGCACCUCCAUUCUUCACUGGGUCGUGAAAGUAUGGCCCGUUCUGGAAACCAAAUCUUCCACCACACUGGGAGGUCCCCUCACCCUGAAAACAUUUCGUACCCAACGCCCCACCACGUUUUCAGUCCCCUCCGCCUCCCGCGGCGUGUAUUCCGUCGACAUGCGCCCAAUUUCGACCGACUCGUACGUCCAUCUCUACGCCACGUCCUCCGCUUCCGGUCCGAGUCGCCUCUUCUUCCAGGAAAGUGGUGGCAGUCACACUAACAAGAACGGGGACACUUUUAUCCAGCACAUGUUCACCCACGUGGAGAUGGAGGUCCUCAAGGAGAAAGAUGUGCGGAGUGGCGCGGAGAAGGGGGCGCAGAUCAACACCAAUCUCGCCGCGCAACAACUGGCGUCGUCCAGUAACAAGCCGCGCAUUUGGGCGCAGAGGUUGCGCGGAAAUCGGCUCCACGUGCGCUGGGACACUUCUCCGGUGAACCCGCACUUGAUGCAGUACUGCUUGGUGGUCAACACGAGGCGGGACUACAGCUCGCUCUGCUCUGCGACCGGAGAACGGUACGGCGUCCUCCCGCCGGACUUGAUGCAUGUCACGUAUUACGGCGGAGAAAGUCAGAAGGGCGGCGAGGGCUUGCAGUCGGACGAGCCCCUGAAAAAGAGAAAGCAUCGUCACGAAAGAAAGCGGAGAAAGUUGAGGUCUCCGUCGCAGGAAGAAGAUCUCCUCAUCGGCUGCACCAACAAGAAGACCCACUACAUUCUGAGCCACCUCGUCCAAGGACGCCUCUACUAUUUCAACGUCUUCGUCAGGGACAUGAGCACAAACGUCAGCUUGCCAUAUGUCAGGACCACCUUGAAAUAUCAUGCACCAAAGCACCCCGCUAAUUUUUUGCGGGACAACAAGCCCCUAAAGGUGAAGCUGAACUUGCCCCCUGGCCCGUGGCGAGAUGGUGACGGUGAGGGUGGCGUCACUGGGGUCCCCAAAUUUGGUGGCGUGGACGUGACGACGGUAAAAUUCAAUUUGAACAAGCCCUGCAACGAGAUGGCGAUUUAUGUCAUGCCCUGCGGAGGUGGAGCCGUCAUCUUCGAGCUCUGGCAUGGAGAAAAUAGAACUGUGUACACCUCUGCCCCCACGGAUUCUCUGGACGUCGUAAAAAUUGCGAUGCCACAAAAGGGGAAAUAUUUUCUAAAGCUUUCUCCCACCCCGAAUGGAGAAGAUGUUAACAAUUGGACCAAAAUGGUCGAAGUCUUUGUGGCCAAGAAGAACCGGAAGUUGCCCAUUCCACGCCUCCCUGAGAUCACGAAGCUGACGGAGGACGAGUCUCUGCGCACGUGUGACUCUGUGACGUUGCAGUGGUGGCCUUCUCCGGACAUUCGGGACAACGAGUACUGCAUCUUUCUCAAAGAAGAAUCCCGACCUCGGCGACAUUUCACCUUCAAAAAACCAAACCAGUGCGACGUCGACCGCAGUUUACGAUCCGAUCCCUACGUCACGCACAGUCUCUGCGUUCAAAAAACACUGUCACCUGAAACGCUUUUGCUUUCCCAACGGAUCGUGGGCCUAUCUCGAGGAAAGGUGUACGUGGUGCAGCUCAUCGUGCGACGACACAACGGAAAAUCACUCUCCUAUGACCUCACAGUCGUACAAACCCUUAAAUUAUGCUCCGAAUAAAAAAUAGCCAUCUCUCCACCUUAAUAAAUAAAUAAGUUAUAUAAUACAUUUUCUUUUACAUAUUUUCUCAUUUAAAAUAGAUGCUUGUUUUCAGCUAGGAACCAUUUUUCUACUGAAUUAAAUUCAAGAAAUUCCAUUUAAGUAAAAAAAAAAUAUAUACUUAAUUAAAAAAAUGUAAAACUUUCUCGCCAAAAGUAGAAAUACAAGAUUAUUUAGAUAUAAACUGACAAUUUUAGAUUAACCACUCCCCGAACACAAAGUAUGGAUUGUUAAUGUCAACCAAUAAAGUUGUAAUAAUUUAUUUUAAUUUCAAUACUCUAAAA